UAUUUGAUAACAAAAGGGGACUUAUUUAAAAAUUUGUUGUGCAAGUAUUGAAAAUUUAUGUGGCUCUAAAGCAUUCUAGAAAGGGUAAGAUCAUGAUAAGUUUAAAGCUAAAUUAUUACUAUAAAAUAUAGAAAAGUGUCUUUCUUUUUUAAACUAAUCAAAAGGAAAAGAGUGUCACAUAAAUUAGCAUCGAAGAAGUGCAUAAUAAGAGUCCUUUAGUUUGAUUAAAGAUUGUAAGUUUUAGUUACUAGUGAAUAAAACCUAGACAAGAUGAAUAUCAAAUUAGUUUUGAAAAAUGUGAGAUAGUUGUUAUAGCAAAAGAUGAGAAAGAAAUUGCAAGUCUGAUUACUUUGUGAUCACAGCUCACUAAGGCAAACUUAAAAAAAAGUAAAGCAAAAUUACCAAUGGCAGCAUCAACAGCCACAACACCAACGACUUCAAACCUUUGCUUCUCAAACUCUCAUUCCCUUUUCCAACACAAAAGGACUUCAUUUUUGUGCGCAAAAAACAGCAUAGUAAAGAGAAAGUGUAAGCACAAGGGAGCUGUGACGUGCAUGGUCUUGGAAAAGAGUAGUACGGCUGAGCCUACAAAACCCAAGAAACAGAAUGCGUAUAAGCUGCAGACCUUAACUAGCUGGCUGUUGAAACAAGAACAAGAUGGGGUUAUCGAUGCUGAACUUACUAUUGUUCUUUCGAGUAUUUCGAUGGCUUGUAAGCAGAUUGCUUCAUUGGUACAAAGAGCUGGCAUUUCCAAACUUACUGAAGUUCAUGGUGCUGUUAAUGCUCAAGCAGAGGACCAGAAGAAGCUUGAUGUUGUCUCUAACGAGGUAUUCUCAAAUUGUCUAAGGGCAAGUGGCCGGACAGGGAUUAUAGCGUCGGAGGAAGAGGAUGUGCCCGUGGCAGUAGAGGAGAGUUACUAUGGGAACUAUAUCGUGGUGUUUGAUCCUCUUGAUGGAUCAUCAAAUAUUGAUGCUGCUGUAUCUACUGGUUCUAUCUUUGGAAUUUACAGCCCAAAUGAUGAUUGCCUCCUUGAUCUUGAAGAUACUACCAUGCUUGACAGUGUGGAGCAGAGGUGCAUAGUGAAUGUGUGCCAACCAGGGAACAAUCUUCUAGCAGCAGGGUACUGCAUGUACUCGAGCGCUGUGAUCUUCGUGCUCUCGUUGGGAAAUGGAGUCUUCUCAUUCACCUUGGAUCCAAUGUUUGGAGAAUUCAUUCUGACUCAAGAACACAUCCAAAUACCAAAGGCUGGAAAGAUCUACGCAUUCAAUGAAGGAAACUACCAGUUAUGGGAUGACAGGUUGAAGAAGUACAUCGAUCACUUGAAGGACCCCGGUCCUAGUGGUAAUCCUUACUCCUCCAGGUACAUUGGCAGUUUGGUUGGUGAUUUUCAUAGGACUCUUUUAUAUGGUGGUAUUUAUGGCUAUCCGAGAGACAAGAAGAGCAGGAAUGGGAAGUUGAGGCUUUUGUAUGAGUGUGCCCCGAUGAGCUUUAUUGUGGAACAAGCCGGUGGCAAAGGAUCUGAUGGCCAACAAAGAAUUCUUGAUAUUCAACCAGCUGAGAUACAUCAACGAGUUCCAUUGUACAUUGGAAGCAUAGAAGAAGUUGAAAAAUUGGAGAAGUACUUAUCUUAAUACAAAUGUGAAAUGAGGGGCUAUUCAAGAUUGUCUUGGUGACUUUUUCAACUGCUUUAAUUUUUUAAGCAAACAAAACACAUGAAGAGCUGUAAAUUUGUAUAUUACUUGAAAGAAAUUCUUUUCACAAGUCUAGGCCCUUGAAUGAUUAUAGGUUCUUGAAAAGCUUUGUAGUGAUUCAAUUCACAAUACAAUUAAAAUUUUAUAAGCAUUGAGAAGCUUUAGAGUGCCUCGAGCAGAGCCGAGGCUCAA